GUCCGCGCAGAUGUGAUCUGCCUCACGGAGUACCUGGCAGCCUCGAAGAGUUGGCGCAGCGGGGUCAACGCCUUGCGCGAGAUGCAGGAGCAGGGAGUGCAGCCAGACCCCACGGUGCUGAAGGCUCUUGGGGCUCUGCCCUGGCAAAGGGCGCUGCUGCUGGAAGGAGAGCCCUCGCGGCCUCCGACUGCGGCCUUGCGGUGCAGAGCUGCGCCCGGCAAAGGCAGAGCCUGCGGGCGCUGCGGCUACU